GACGGAGUUGCGUGAAACAGCGUGGAACGCGUUUUGUGUGCGAGCGUCACCGAUUCGCGGCAUCAAUCGCGUUGCGUGGUAUUGCGGGUUUGGUUAUAAAUCCCGCCAUCUCCGCGCCUGUGAUCGCACGAGCUUACUGUUGCUUACAGUCGAUAUUUGUUGUUUCGUCAGCGGUUGAAUUCGCAAAAUAAGUACGUUGAUUCGCGUGCCGGUGCGUAAAUCACGAAGAAUCGGAGAGGAAGAUGUGAUAACGCCGAGGAUAUCUACGCGUCUUCUGAAUGUUUCUUUCCCCCGCCCGCUUACGACGCAGGCGUUGAUUAUAAUUUCAGAAAAGGAUCCUGUGUCACAGUAUAUACUGUGCCUGUGUAGUCGCUUGCGAGUUAAAAAUCCAAACCAUGGCGAACGUGUCUCUCGACAAGGAUAUGUUUUUCGGGCGCAUGAAGCGCCUGUACGCCGCGUGGAAGGAUGGCGAGAUUGGCACCGAUGAUAGUUUCAGUAAAAUGGAUUGUCUCGUUUCUGCUGUUGGCACUGACGAGGAUAUUGUUUACAGCAAGUCCAUAGCAUUGCAGACGUGGUUGCUCAGUUAUGAACUCACAGAUACUAUAAUGAUAUUAGCAGAAGAAUCCAUCAGUUUCUUAGCCAGUAAAAAGAAAAUUGAAUUUCUGAGAAAGGUAGAGAAUCAAAACACAGAAGAUACCGGUGUACCACCUGUGAAACUAUUUGUGAGAGACAGGAGCGAUGAAGACAAGACAAAUUUUGCAAAACUCAUUGAAGUGAUGAAGCAAAGUAAAAAAGGCAAAACUCUGGGAGUAUUUUCGAAAGAAAACUAUCCAGGUGCCUUUAUGGAUGCAUGGCGAGCCACUUUGAAAAACGAAUCUUUUGAUACGGUUGAUGUAAGUGCUGCAGCUGCUUAUGUCAUGUGCCCAAAAGAAGACAGUGAGAUAAUAACUAUAAAGAAAGCUUGUUUAAUAUCUGUGGAUGUUUUCACCAAAUAUCUUAAAGAUCAAAUAAUGGAAAUCAUAGAUUCGGACAAGAAAGUUAAACACUCAAAACUGGCUGAAGGUGUGGAUACAGCUAUCACAAAUAAGAAGUAUGUAACUGGGGUAGACGUUACACAGGUAGAUAUGUGUUACCCUGCAAUUAUACAAAGUGGUGGAAAUUAUUCGCUUAAAUUUAGCGCUGUUAGUGACAAAAAUACUACUCUUCACUUUGGUGUUAUUGUUUGUUCAUUGGGAGCACGUUACAAAUCUUAUUGUUCAAACAUAGUUAGAACUCUGUUGGUUAACCCUACAAAAACCAUUGAGGAAAAUUAUAAUUUUUUGUUACAACUGGAAGAGGAAAUCUUGAAAAAGUUGGUUGCAGGAACAAAGAUAAGUGAAAUAUAUGAGGCUGGUAUUAAAUUUGUGAAAGAUGAAAAACCAGAAAUGUUAAAUCAUUUAACAAAAAAUUUUGGAUUUGCUAUGGGCAUCGAAUUCAAAGAAAGUUCUUUGUUGUUGGGUCCAAAAAUUCAUGCAGUAGUUAAGAAGGGCAUGGUAUUUAACGUUAAUGUCGGUCUUGCAAACCUUACCAAUUCAGAUGCAACAGAUAAAGAAGGAAAAACGUACGCCCUUUUCAUAGGUGAUACGGUUAUAGUGAAUGAAGGGCAACCUGCUACUAAUUUAACACCAUCAAAGAAGAAGGUGAAAAAUAUAGGUAUAUAUGUGAAAGAUGAGGAAGAUGAAGAAGAGGAGGGAAGUGGAAAAGAAAACGAGCCAAAAGAGAUCCUGGGACGUGGAAAAAGGACAGCUGUGAUAGAAUCUAAGUUGAGAACAGAGCAUAGUUCGGAAGAGAAAAGAAAGCAACAUCAAAAGGAAUUAGCUCAACAACUGAAUGAAAUUGCUAAGGCUCGAUUGGCCCAGCAGUCUGGUGGUAAGGAACAAGAGAAGAUACGCAAAUCGGCAGUAUCCUACAAGAACUUGAGUUACAUGCCACGUGAGCCAGAAGUCAAGGAGUUGAAGUUAUAUGUGGAUAAGAAGUACGAAACUGUGAUUUUACCUAUUGCUGGUAUUCCAGUACCUUUCCACAUAUCGACAAUUAAGAAUAUUUCACAGUCGGUAGAAGGAGAUUAUACGUAUCUUAGAAUAAAUUUCUUUCAUCCUGGCGCAACCAUGGGACGAAAUGAAGGUGGAUCUUACCCCCAACUUGAUGCAACAUUUGUCAAGGAAGUAACAUAUCGAAGUACAAAUACCAAAGAGCCUGGCGAGAUCUCCGCACCGUCAUCAAACUUGAAUACGGCCUUUAGGCUAAUUAAAGAGGUCCAAAAGAAGUUCAAAAACCGGGAAGCAGAAGAAAGAGAAAAGGAAGAUCUUGUAAAACAAGAUACCUUAAUAUUAUCACAGAAUAAAGGCAAUCCAAAGUUGAAAGACUUAUAUAUCCGACCGAAUAUUGUUACAAAAAGAAUGACUGGUGGAUUAGAAGCGCACACAAAUGGAUUCCGCUAUACUUCAGUCCGCGGCGAUAAAGUGGACAUUCUUUAUAAUAAUAUUAAAAACGCUUUCUUCCAGCCGUGCGAUGGUGAAAUGAUUAUAUUGCUGCAUUUCCAUUUAAAACAUGCUAUUAUGUUUGGUAAAAAGAAGCAUGUAGACGUGCAAUUCUAUACCGAAGUUGGAGAAAUUACUACAGAUUUAGGUAAACAUCAACACAUGCAUGAUCGCGACGAUCUCGCAGCAGAACAGUCGGAACGAGAACUGAGACAUAAAUUGAAAACCGCUUUUAAAAGCUUUUGUGAAAAGGUUGAAGGAAUGACAAAGCAAGAAAUAGAAUUUGAUACACCAUUUCGGGAUUUGGGAUUUCCUGGUGCACCAUACAGGAGUACUGUCUUACUUCAACCAACUAGUGGAUGUUUGGUUAAUCUCACGGAAUGGCCUCCAUUUGUCAUUACCUUGGAAGAUGUUGAAUUGGUUCAUUUUGAAAGAGUACAAUUCCAUUUAAAGAACUUUGAUAUGAUUUUUGUUUUCAAAGAUUAUCAUAGAAAGGUAGCGAUGUUAAAUGCCAUACCUAUGAAUAUGUUAGAUCAUGUCAAGGAAUGGUUAAAUUCGUGCGAUAUUCGAUACUCUGAAGGUGUUCAGUCUUUGAAUUGGACAAAAAUUAUGAAGACUAUAACGGAUGAUCCUGAAGGAUUCUUUGAUAGCGGAGGAUGGACGUUCUUAGAUCCAGAAAGUGAUGCUGAAAAUGAUGAAGUUGAAGAUGAAGAAGAGGAAGAAGAUGACGCAUAUGAGCCAUCUGAUAUGGAGAGUGAGGAAGAUGAUGAUGAUGAUUCCGAAUAUUCUGAAGCUUCUGAAGAUUCUGACAGUGAUGAAGCUUCAUUAGGUAGCUCUGAGGAAUCGGGAAAAGAUUGGUCAGAUUUGGAAAGAGAAGCCGCUGAGGAGGAUAAAGAAAGGGGAGAGGAUCGUUAUGAGCGUGAAGAUUUUAGUUCCAGUAAAAAGAAGAAAGCACACCGAAGACAGUCUCCAUCUCCUUCAAAAGACAGGCAUAAUUCUAAGCACAAGAGUUCCGCAAAUUCAAAGGGUAAAAGCUCGUCCAAUAGCAAAGAUAAACGAUCAUCAGACAAACACAGAAUGGAUCGAUCACGGAGUGGGGGCUCACAUAAGAAGGGGUCUCCUUCCAAAUCAUCCAAACACAGCCCCAAAAAGAGUGAUAAACGUGAUAAGCACGAGAAAAGUAAAUCGUCGCAUUCUUCGUCCAGCAGUAAGAAACGCCCUCGUGAACAGAGUUCGGAAAGACGUGAUAGAGGAUCUAAGAGAUCUAAGAAGUAAAUCCAGAGGGAAUCUGCACACAGAAAAGAGCACACAGGAAAUCACAACAAAUACUAUGCUGAUUUUAAGUAAAACUUUCUUAAGACAUAGCAAUUUGUAAGAAUAGUACAUUUUCUUGCAUCGUCUAAGUGGGCAAAACAGAAAUAAUUAGCGUUAUAUUUAAAAUGAUUAUUUUUUGCCGUUCGAGUAUUUUACUUAAUACAUAUUCAAUUUGUAAGAGUAUAAAAAAAAACUUUAUUUACAGCAAUGAUAUAUUAAUAUCUUCUGUAAUCAUAUUUCUAUAUUUGCAAUUUCAAAUGUACAUAAUAAUAAAAUUUGGUACAAAAUCAAAAUAUAUAAGGAUUUAUGCAUAUUAUAUUUCUAUUUUGUGUUGUAUUUCUGUUCAACAAAAAAAUGUUAGGAAAGAUAUGAACGGCAUUUUUUUUGUAAUUUUUGCGUUUUUAAUAUUUAUGUAGUUUAUAAGAUAUUUCAUUCCAUUGCUUAUCCGAUAAUAUAAAAGAGUUGCUUUAUACCUGUAUAUGUCUCUUCUAAGUUUUCGUGACACAUAAAAAGUAUAAAGACAAAUGAAUUAGUGAGAUAACUUUGUGUGGAUUACCUCUUUUUAUCAAGGAGCGUUAUUUUAGAAAGUUGUCUCAUGUUUUACCGUGAUAUUUCUGAAUGUAUGAAAGAUACUCACAUUUAUACUGGUAAGAAAUAUAUAAUAUAGAACAGCAUUAAUAUAAGCAUCGAUGGAGCUUAAUUAUUAUAAAUAGUAAAGCAACAAUAAAAAUGCAAGACAAUGUACUAACGAUAAACGCGAGACUUAUCCACACUACAUGGGCCCUGAUAGUUUUUUUACUGUGCUUACUAAAAAAUGACGUAUUUUAGUGUUUUUAUUAUUGAAUUUAAUAUUAUAAUUAUAAUACUUAAUAUUAUUUGAAAAAAAAAAUAAUACGUCUUAUAUGACUUUUUAUAUGCUUUAGAGAAGUGGAAAUACACUUUAUAUUUCCCUCAUCAAGCCCGCGCAUUAUGUUUACGUUAUACGCUGAGAAAUAAAAGAAUCAUUGAUUCUAAACGCGAAGAAAACCUAAAUAAAUCGGAAAUUGUCCAAAA